UCUUUCGUCCGAAACUCGUCUAAGAUGGCGGGUCGAGGUCGAGGAAGAGGUAGAGGACGAGGGUUUUCUUUUGACGUUGGAAUGAUUGGCUUUAAGCGAGGAGAAGCAUUACCUGCUGCAAUACAACAGCCCCCUCCAUUUUAUCCGCCUCUAGAUAUCAAGCCAUUGCCAUUAAGGCAGACAGAUGCCGAUGAAUACAUGCUUGCAUUGAAACAAGAGAUAACAGGGUGCAUGCGUGAACUACCUUAUUUUGUGAAGGCAGAAAUUAAGUCCAAAGAUAUUGAGAGGUUUUCAGACAGAUACAGAGAAAAGAAAAAACAAGGAUUGGACUGGCAACCAGACUGGACAUUAUUUCCAAAUGAGUUGAAAAUAAAGGUGAAAAGACACAGGACUCCCAGGAAUGCAAGACCAAGAAUUGUCAAACAAAUCAAAAAGAAUAGUGCUGGUGUGGAGGCCUUGAAGCAGCUAGAGGAAAUGGUUCAGAAGGAGGUUGAUAAUGAUAAGGCUAAUGAUCAAGAGGAAGAGGGAACAGAAGGAGAGAGUGGAGAAGAAGAACUGGAAUAUGAUGAAGAAGAACAGGAAGAGGAAAAUGAUUACUUGGUGUCACACUUUGAUGAUGACGAAGAUGCCUUUAUGGAAGAUGACGACAUGGAUGAAGGGCCAAUCUACUGAGAUGCUUAACAUCAUGAAGUGGAAGGAGAAAGUACUUGGAGACAGUUUGGUCAGCUGACCUGUUUAGCCAAUUAAGAUUGUGAUAGAUUAAAAAGAGGCUAGAAGGGAAAGGAGUGCAUUAUAAGAAACUGAACAAAGGAUUGGUAGUGAGCUUCAGAUUGAAAUCUAGUGAAGAAUAUCAAAGUUGGUAUUAUUGUGUGAAAGGUUACUUUUUCCCAACUUUUUCUGCUGCUCUUUCAGACAGAAAAGUCCUUAAUUCUCUCAGAGGAUUAAUUUCACAUGGCUCAAUUAAUGCAUAAUAUCUUAAUGAUCAAUCAGAAAAUGAUAGCUGGUAAUAUUUAUUAAAGAAGGGAAGUCAUGAAUGUCAAACAAUUUGCAUAAAUGCACCAGGUGAUGUGGAUAAUGGCAAAUUAAAGCCGGUUGAGUGUAUAAAAACUGAUGAUGAUGAGCUGAUAGAACUUUCUUUUAAAAAGCUUAUCAUCUGAUGACAGGAAAGGAGAAAGAAUUCAUCUGGCCUAUAUGGUGGAAAAGUGAUAGCUGAACCCACUAAAUGUUUUGCAUCUC